AAUAUAUAUAUAUAGACGAUGUUGCCAAAUAAGUUUUUUUGUGAGGUUUUAUCAUUUCAGUAAUCUUAAAUCUUUAGAAAAUAUCCGGACUUGUAUCUUGUGCGUCCUUUGCUUAUUGGAAAAGUGAAAUCAGGUCUGCUUGUUUUGUAAAAAUAAAUAAAUAAAUGAAUGAAUGAAUCUUUCGGCCAACAAUGAACUAUCGGGCUUUAUAAUCGACGGGCUUGAAAUGACUGAAACAACAAUUCUCCGGACAGAUUAUCAAUUUUUCUCGAAAAUAAAUCAUAUUUGAUACAUCAAGCAAACCGAUACACAGUAUAAUAAUCGUAAACAGCGGUGCUUCGCGCAUUAGUGAACUGGUGAAAUUAAAAGGCCACAACACAUUACCAUUUGCAUGCAAAUAGUUGCCUAAAUCAUACAGAAACUAAAAAGUUUUUUUGGCAGAAACUGAGUUGCUGUGAUCCUCUCUGUGUCAAUCAAUUGCAAAUUCAAAUAAUCCGAAUAGUUUUUUGUUGUGUAAAAAAAGAAGAAAAAGAAAAGUUAUUUGGAUUUAUGAAUUCAAAAGCAAUUUUAAGAAUAGUUCAACCUCAAAGGUACACGCACACACUCACUAUAAGUGAACGGAGUGGUGGGGUUCUACAAGUUACAUACAAAUAGGCUACACGGCAACAAACAGGCUUCAUAGUCUGCUAUUAUUCAAUGAGCCUUUAAUGAAAACAGUAAUCGUGUGCGUUAGGAUAAUAAACCUGUGGCAGACUAUACUCCUGUGUUUUAUGCGACUAAAUUUAACAUUCAUUCAUCUUUGACAUUGAAAUCCCCUCCCCGUACGAACAUCCCCGUGCAAGAGGAGUCUGCGGAACGGUCCGUCGUGUACCGUUACGCUGUUACUAUGCAUUUCUGUAAAACAUAACUAAAUAGUAAAUAAAAAGCAAAUAAAAAAGUUUUCUUUUUAAUUAGCAAAAGCACCGCAAGUUGGCCCAUUGUUUUUAAUUUCUUUUUUCUUUUCUUUUUUUUUGUGGUAGACUAUUUUUCGUUAUACUGUAGUCAAACACUAAUUCAAUAUGAAAAGUUAGUGGCCAGUUUAUUAGAUUAAGCAACGUUGCCUUUAUGGUAUAUAAAUAUAGCCUACUAGUCUUCCCCAGAGAUGCAGCUUGUCACUAAAUUCAUGUGACACGUGAUGGCAACGUGAAGAAUGUAAUAGCGCAGACACUCCAAACCCAUUCAACCCAUCUCCGCAAAAACUGCCCUAAUUUUUUUUCCUGCACCACAACCGCGCGAUUUAAUCGGAUUACAACAGACAUCGGAAAUUCAAGACCGACGCGGAAGAUCACGGUUACCCGUGGAGGCACUUCGCGAGUACUGUGACCAACGUAGACGGCACGAUGCAGGACACGGAGUUCUUCACGCAAUGAAUCCGGCGAAUGGGACUGACACUGAGGCGGAAACAGAUGUCUACAUUUUCGGCGCUGGCACUUACAAACUUCUUGCCUUCACUAUCGGGACCAUCGGGGUAUUUGGUUUCUGCAACAACAUCCUUGUCAUUGCGCUGUACUACAGAUUUAAGAGACUCCAGACGCCCACGAAUUUGUUAUUGGUCAACAUAAGUAUAAGCGACUUGCUAGUGUCUCUUUUUGGGAUUAACUUUACCUUGGUUUCGUGCAUCAAAGGAGGGUGGAUAUGGAAUUCAGCAACAUGCGUCUGGGAUGGCUUCAGCAACAGUUUCUUCGGUAUUGUGUCCAUUAUGACGCUGUCCGCGCUGGCCUACGAACGCUACAUCAGGGUGGUGCACGCCAAGGUGGUGGACUUCCCCUGGGCCUGGAGGGCCAUCACGCACAUCUGGCUCUACUCGCUGGCCUGGACGGGGGCCCCGCUGCUCGGGUGGAACCGCUACACCCUGGAGAUCCACCGGCUGGGCUGCUCGCUGGACUGGUCCUCCAAGGACCCCAACGACGCCUCCUUCAUCCUCCUCUUCUUCAUGGGCUGCUUCUUCGUGCCGGUGGGGAUGAUGGUCUAUUGCUACGGCAACAUCCUCUACACCGUGCGGAUGCUUCGGUCGAUCGAAGACCUCCAGACAGUGCAGAUCAUUAAGAUCCUUCGCUAUGAGAAAAAGGUGGCGGUCAUGUUCCUGUUGAUGAUUUCCUGUUUCCUGGUGUGCUGGACCCCGUACGCCGUGGUGUCCAUGCUCGAGGCCUUCAGCAAGAACCGCGUCGUCACGCCCAUGGUCGCCAUCAUACCCUCUUUUUUCGCGAAGUCCAGCACGGCCUACAACCCCAUAAUCUACAUAUUUAUGAGCAGAAAGUUCCGUCGAUGUGUCCUGCAGCUGCUGUGCAUCCGUCUGUCCCGACUGCAGCACAGCAUUAAGGACCGCCCCCUGACCAGCGUCGAGCGCCCCAUCCGCCCCAUCGUCAUGUCCCAGCGAGGCGCAGGGGACCGGCCCAAGAAGAGGGUGACCUUCAGCUCCUCCUCCAUCGUCUUCAUCAUCGCCAGCAAUGACGCCGAGCACCUGGACGUCACCUCCAUGAACGACGCGUCCGAAGUCAACGUCAUCCAGGUGCGACCGCUGUGACGGCCGCCCUCGGGACGCUUCGCAGUCACAGCAGACCUCGUUUCAAAAUCUCUACCAGCCAAAGCAGCCAGGACAGGUGACUCCCCUCUGGGUUCUAAGACUUAUGCAGGACACCUCCCUGCACUACUCUCUCCCCCCCUCCCCCUUCUGCCCAGGAAAAGUGUUCAACCAACCGUGUCAGGUGACCUGCGCACGCAAACGAUUACCCGAAUGUGUUCUAGGCAUGCAGAACUUAACACAGUUCAUCGGUCCUGUCAGGAAGGACUGCUUAUCGUGUUGUAGUGAUGUAGAUCGGUUAGAUUUUUUAAAAUGACAUCAGUGUGAGGCUGAAAGGUGUACCCGUUGGCGCUUUACAUUGCAAGGGGACUUGACCUCACAUCCUGUCCUGAUCAUGGACAGUCGGGGAUUUCUGGAGAAGGUGAGUCACUGAAGGACUGAACCUGAGGGUCACAGCCCGAGCACAACCUGGUCUACUUGGUUUAAAAGCCCAAAAAACUGUGACCCUUUGCCCUCCGUAAUACCUCACAAA